AUGGGCUCGGAUAUAUUUGAACUGAGAGGGAACAGUGCUCUCUAUGAUGUGCUGGGUGUACCCAAGUGCGCAACGGAUGCUGAAAUCCGCCGUGCAUACUACAAAUUGGCCGUAUUAUACCAUCCAGAUAAAAACCCCGAUGGUGUGGAAUUUUUUAAAGAGAUCAGUUUCGCUCACAGUAUUUUAUCUGAUCCAGCACAACGUCAAUUGUACGAUAGUCAGAGACUUCGGACACACAUUGAAGGACAGGCACGAGCAUAUGAUCCAAUGAUGGAUCCGAAUGUUGAACUUACGGCGGAAGAACUACGCAAGUUUGUAGAACGUAAACGCAUGGAGGAAGAAGCUAAACAAAAGGACAGAAGUGAAUUUGAGAAGCGACGUGAAGAAGAAAUGCGGCGACGCGCAGAGUAUGAUGCCCAAAAUCCCUCCUUCAAGGAGGAAUACGAACGAAUGCGCGCUCUCAUGAGGGAAAAUGCUUCUGAGCAGGCUUCUGUAUUAUUGAAGCACCGACAACCUACCACCGCUGAGUUAAUGCAACGUUUGGAGAGGAAACAACAAGAGGAAAAAAAUGUAUACCAGUCACCAUCCACCACAGGAACAAACAAUAUUGCUGGUAAGGUAGGUAUGGGGAGGACAGCAUCUAAUUCUGUUAAGUGGAGUAUGAUGCAAGAAUUCCGUGUUCGUCACAAUGGUGAAACACCGGCACCUGGUACUAUAACAGUGAAUACUGAAUCUAAUAACUUGAGUACUCGUUUGUCCUUUGUAACAGAGAUGGAUAAAAAUUCUUACAGCUGCGAUGUGGAGAGACGUAUUGACAAAUAUGCUAAUUUUGAUUACCGCAGUUUUGUUGAGAAGGGGGUUGUUGACAACUGCGGUGUUCUUGAUGAUGCUAUACUUGCUGAUGCACUGGGCCAUUAUGACCGCAGAAGGUGA